AUGGGUGGCUCGCAGCCAUUCAUGUAUAACGCCGCAUGGCGAAAUGACGCGAGGUUUCCCGCAACCACUUUUGAUCCUAAGGCUGUGACGCGGGCCAGCUGGGAGCCAAAGCCUAGGAAACCACCUCCAACAGGCCCUCUCAUCUCAUUCGACCGACACCCUGAUGCCCAUAUGGUCGUUUCACACCGAAAUAAUCCAUACUUGCCACUUGGACAGCGAAUGAAGAAAUGGAUCAAGGGAUUACGGAAUGUUCAGUUUUUGAUUCGUGUUUUGGAAAUUAAUGCAGCCAUUGGUUCCCUCGUCCUACUCAUUCUCAUUACAAACAUUGACGAGGCCACAGGGUGGAUUAUGAGAAUUUCGCCCGGUGUCGCCAUCGCUCAGUGUUCAUACGCGAUAUAUCACCUAUCUCGGAACGCCUCUGGUCGUACCCCAGGCUCCUCAGCUGCCUAUCACGUCUUUGCUGCCACCUCCGAUCUGGUAUUCAUAUCUUUGUAUGCAUUCGGGGCGUUUUCCACCCACAAAAACGCGCAAACUUGGGCCACUAGGCUCAGUGACCAAGAGAUCAUGAAGUACUUUGUGCCCGCAGUGUACUACAUGACGAUUGGAGCAGGAGGCUUGCAUUUCAUAUCACUCUUGAUCUCUUUGUGGCUUGGAAUGAUGUUCCGUAGAAUUAGCCUAAUGCCGCCGGAUAUGAACCCGCUCGAGGAUCAUCUGACCGCGAGGCCAUUCCAUAAAAGGAGCAAGUCCUCCAUCACGACCGGAAGCAGCCUAGAGGGAGGAAACAGGCUUUCUACCACAAUAAGCUUACCGGACGGGGCGGCUUCAGAGUCGUGGGCUCACAGGCCGAUCUUCCAAACAGGAUGUAUCAACUUGCUCCCGGCAACCAUCCGCGAAAUUCGCCUUAUUCAUCUUCUGAAAAACAAUGUUCAGCGCCACGACCAUCGCAGCUUGGCCGCUAUUCCUCCAUUCCUGCUUCAGAUGCCCAAUCACUAA